UUGCGCGGACGUAAUACCGUAGUAAGUUGACAUGGUUGUUUUCAUGCCAGUGUAGAGGAGGGAAAAAAAAAAGUUACGUUCAUCUUUUUUCGACUCGUAGCGAGUUUGUGUUGGACGUCGUUUGGAGACACUCCGCAAGUGAGAAGAAUAAGCCGCGCAGCUGAGGGACCAGGAGCCGGUAACAAUGGGCAGUGAACCGUGUGCAGUUCAGAUUGUGUCGGUGUGUAAGGAGGAGCACUCCUUCACGCUGAACGAGGAGGCCUUGGCACGUGUCCUGCUGGCCCCCGAAGUCCGGGACAAGCAUGUGGUGGUUCUGUCGGUGGCCGGGGCCUUCAGGAAGGGGAAGAGCUUCCUGCUUGAUUUCAUGCUGCGCUACAUGCACAGACAGGGCGACACAAACUGGCUGGGUCGGGAUGACGAGCCGCUCACCGGAUUUUCUUGGAGGGGCGGUUCAGAACCGGAGACGACCGGCAUCCAGAUUUGGAGCGAGGUCUUCCUCGUCACAAAGACUGAUGGAACGGAGUUGGCUGUCGUGUUAAUGGACACUCAAGGAGCGUUCGACAACGAGUCGACAGUGAAAGACUGUGCCACCAUCUUUGCCCUCAGCACCAUGACCAGCUCCAUUCAGCUCUACAAUCUGUCUCAGAACAUCCAAGAAGACGAUCUGCAGCAGCUACAACUCUUCACAGAGUAUGGACGCCUCGCUUUGGAUGAAAUCUUCCUAAAGCCCUUUCAGUCCUUGAUGUUCCUGAUUCGUGAUUGGAGCUUUCCUUAUGAAUACCAAUAUGGCUUCAUUGGAGGCAAUGAAUUCCUGGAUAAGCGGUUACAGGUUACAGAUCAACAACACGAGGAGCUGCAAACAGUGAGGGAGCACAUCCACUCCUGCUUUACCCAUAUUUCCUGCUUCCUGCUGCCUCACCCGGGCUUGAAGGUUGCCACCAGCCCUUCUUUUGAAGGACAACUCAACGCUGUGUCGCCCGAGUUCAAAGACCAACUGAAGAUUUUGAUCCCUAAUCUCCUGUAUCCGGACAACCUGGCCGUGAAAGAAAUCAAUGGCAAUAAAGUCACCUGCAGAGGCCUGCUGGAGUUCUUCAAGGCUUACAUCAAGAUCUACCAGGGAGAGGACUUGCCAGAGCCAAAGAGCAUGCUAAUGGCUACCGCUGAGGCCAACAACCUGGCAGCCGUCGCAGCAAGCAAAGAUCAGUAUUACAAGAACAUGGAGAAGAUGUGUGGCGGAGACCUGCCCUAUAUGGCUCCCGAAUCCUUGGAGGAGAAGAAUGUCUUUUACUUCAAGGAGGCUCUUCACAGCUUCUCCACCACCAAGAAGAUGGGCGGCCAGGAGUUUUGUGAUCGUUACCAAGCACAACUGGAGAAGGAGCUGGAGGAGAUGUGGCAGUCGUUCGCCAAGCACAACGAGUCCAAGAAUCUCUUCAGCGCCUUCCGUACGCCAGCAGUGCUGUUCGUGCUGGUGUGCCUCCUCUACGUUCUGUCGGGUGUGCUGUUCUUCAUCGGCCUGACCACAAUCGCCGUGGUGUGCGACUGCGUUCUGGGUGUGGUCAUGAUGGCCAUGCUGACAUGGGGCUUCAUUCGCUACACCGGCCGCUACUCGCACGUGGGCGGAGCCAUCGACCAGGCCGCAGGUGUGGUCUUGGAGCAGGCCACCGGGGUUUUGAACAAGACGAAAGAGCAAAGCAUGGCCAGCGUAAAGAAAUCCAGUUAAGAGGACCCCCGCCUGCCACAGCACACGACACAGUACAAGAUCCCACACCCGGCACUAAAAGCUUUAUCAUUCCACACCGCCCUGGGAGAAAGUACACACACACACACGCAUGAGAAAAAUGCACAGCUGGAAGAAAUGUUACCAAAAAAUAGCAUCUGCAUGAAGUCUUACUGUAUCAGAGGACAGGGCUGGAUGCAUCAUUGAUGCUGCUGGGAGAAGUACUUAUUUAGCUUUUGAUCGGUUGCAAAAAGCCUCUGCAAAAAAUAUUAGCUUACUUAGCCUUAAAGCUAAUGUUCCUUUAGCAGCUCUUUUACUCUGUGCCUUUAAAAUCAUUCCAUUCUCUCACGAUUGAACAUUCCCCUUCACUUUUUACACACCCAUUUGCAUCAGCGUAGCAAGUACGCACUUUUAUGUCUCCAGAUUGUAAACGCCAAACGAGCGUAAAGUGCAAAGAAAUCACGGAUUCCAACACACUUCCACUCUUCCAAAGUCCUUGUCGGACCCACUUUGAUACGGAACACUAGAUUCUUUUUAGAGAAAUUAUUUAUAGGAACUUGUUUACAACUCCAAAGAUUUAUUAUAUCGCCUAACUUAAUGAAAUAGCACCCUGCUUAGCUCCUGCAGCCUCUUUUAAAUGAUUCUGCACUCUGUUGCUCUCAAUAGAUGCUGCAGUUUUCCUAUGCAGCCCUUUCAAAGUGGCAGUAAAAUGUGCUGUUGAAAAUGUGUUGAACACGAAACAGCAUGGGCUCAAAGGAAGGAUAUCAACAGAAAAGUGUUACUGUACUGCAGAGAUGGAUGCCAUGCAGCAAAUAAACACUUAAUUCAACUA